CCAGUUGGGGAUGAUAUGUUUCAUUGGCAAGCCACAGUUAUGGGACCUAGUGACAGUCCAUAUCAAGGCGGUGUAUUCUUUUUGACAAUUCAUUUUCCUACAGACUACCCCUUCAAACCACCUAAGGUUGCAUUUACAACAAGAAUUUAUCAUCCAAAUAUUAACAGUAAUGGCAGUAUUUGUCUCAAUAUUCUAAGAUCACAGUGGUCUCCUGCUUUAACUAUUUCUAAAGUUCUUUUAUCCAUUUGUUCACUGCUAUGUGAUCCAAACCCAGAUGACCCCCUAGUGCCAGAGAUUGCACGAAUAUAUAAAACAGACAGAGAUAAGUACAACAGAGUAUCUCGGGAAUGGACUCAGAAAUAUGCCAUGUGAUGCUACCUUAAAGUCAGAAUAACCUGC